CUGGCCACCAUAUUGACAACCCAGCAUGCUCAGCUCUCGCGCGGCAAAGACAAAGACUCCAAGUCCAAGAAAAACAAAGACUCCAAGGAUGGCACUGCAUCCCCCUCGUCGGUCGGCUCAGGCCGCGAUGCCAAUCAGUCUCCCAACCCGACUCCAUCGUCCUCGACGACAAACCUGACCGAUUCCCGCAAUAAGCCGCUGCCUCCUAACAAUAGCGGCGCUCAUGGCGGAGAACCCGGCACGAACCAGCCGUCGCCAUUGAGCAACCAGCAAGGUGCUGUUCAGGAUCGCUUUGGCUCUGCCGGUGCAGCCCAAGGUGCUAACGGUGGAGGUUCUCCAGCUCGUCAUGGCACUCUGCCUCCUACGGUCAUCAUUAGCCCCAGCGCUCCCCACGUCCCGCCCCCAGGUGCCGCAGAAACCAUGCCCCACGAUCUCGCCCCUCCGAAAGCCGGCACCAAGUCGCUCAUGUUCGAUCGCCUUCACCAGACUCCCAAGGAUGUGCCCGAGGGUCUCAGAACACCCAAGCGACAGCACUCUUCGAGAUUCGACAUCUCUGCUCACCGCGAGCUUGAGAAGCUUCCUGGAUUCCACGAGGUGCCCCCCAACCGUCGCCAGGAGCUCUUCAUGCAAAAGAUCGACCAGUGCAACGUUAUCUUCGACUUCAAUGAUGCUAGCGGUGACAUGAAAUCCAAGGAGAUCAAGCGACUUGCCCUCCACGAGCUACUCGACUACGUCGCUAAUAACCGCCAAGUCAUUACGGAACCCAUGUACCCCAAAGUCGUCGAGAUGUUCGCCAAGAACUUGUUCCGCCCGAUUCCGCCACCCAUGAACCCCCAAGGAGAGGCCUUUGAUCCAGAGGAGGACGAGCCUGUCUUGGAGGUUGCUUGGCCACACAUUCAGGUUGUUUACGAAUUCUUCCUGCGCUUCAUCGAAAGCCAGGACUUCAACACCAACAUUGCCAAGGCCUACAUUGAUCACAGCUUCGUACUGCAACUCCUUGAGCUGUUCGAUUCGGAGGACCCGCGCGAGAGGGAUUUCCUCAAGACGACACUUCACCGUAUCUACGGCAAGUUCCUCAACCUCAGAUCGUUCAUCCGUCGCUCCAUCAACAACGUGUUCUUCCAGUUCACCUACGAGACGGAAAGGUUCAAUGGUAUUGCAGAGCUGUUGGAGAUCCUGGGCUCCAUUAUCAACGGUUUUGCCCUGCCGCUGAAGGAAGAGCACAAGACCUUUUUGACCCGCGUGUUGAUACCCUUGCACAAAGUCAAGAGUCUGAGCAUGUAUCAUCCCCAGUUGGCAUACUGCAUUGUUCAGUUCUUGGAGAAGGAUGCUUCGCUGACAGAAGAGGUUGUUCUUGGGCUGCUGCGCUACUGGCCCAAGGUCAAUAGCACAAAAGAGGUUAUGUUCCUUAACGAGGUCGAGGACAUUUUCGAGGUCAUGGACCCUGCCGAGUUCGCCAAAGUUCAAGAGCCUCUCUUCCACCAACUUGCCAAGUCGGUCGCAAGCCCUCACUUCCAAGUUGCCGAACGUGCUCUCUACUUCUGGAAUAACGAGUACUUUUGCAACCUGGUUAGCGACAAUGUUGAGAUCAUUUUACCGAUCAUGUUCGCACCCCUAUACGAAAACUCCAAGGGACAUUGGAAUCGCACCAUUCACGGCAUGGUUUACAACGCGAUGAAACUCUUCAUGGAGAUCAACCCUCAGCUUUUCGACGACUGUUCCCACGAUUACACCGAGCAACAAAACAGUGCUGCUGCUAGGGAAGCCAUGCGCGAAAGGAAGUGGGCCUCUAUUACGGACCAGGCCAACCAAAGACGGUCAGCCAAUGGUGCGGGCGCCCCUCCUACGGGUAGAGCACACGCCGGUUCCCUUUCCCGCGUUGAUGAGGUCGAUGGGACCGAAGACAACCAGAAGCGAUUAGACUCUCUCAAGCUGCAAGAUGGCGACCGAAGAGAUCGUCGGCAUGAGCAACAAGACUCGGGCUCGGAACAGAACGGUGAACCGACAGCCGCCGCGGUCGAGGAGUCAUGA